UAUACUCCCUGCCUUCAACCUCAUCUUGUCUAACAUGUCAAUUUCUCACGAGAACACGAUGGCCGCGUAUUUUGAAGUGUUGUUAUGGGCCUGAACUAUGAAAUGGAUUUAAAAUUUAUUCAUUUAUUCAAAGUGGCUACUAAUACAGUUUUGGCUAUAGUUUAAUUGAAAUAAAUGUGUAAAAACUAGAUUAUACAGUAAUAUUCCUGUUUUAUUUACAAUGACUUCCAUUAUUUGUGGGAAAGCCCUGUGGAGUGUGGUGUGCGGCACCAAUGUGUUGCCUUCUAAUGACGUGGUGGGGGAGGAGCUUGAGAUGGCAGCCGACCACCUGCGUGCAGGCAUUUGCUAUUAUGAACCCUUCUCUGAAGAAGAUCAUCAUGAAUGGAUUGACUCUUCCAAUCUUAAAGAAAACCAGAAGAGUUUUGUUCUGCGUCUGGCCAAAAUGCUGAACCUCUGCUCCCGACAAGCAUGGGAGUUUUUUCAAGUAUUCUUGCAAGAAGAAUAUCGGGGCAGCAUUGCCGAGUUGACUUCUGUGCUUGCCUGCUAUCGUUCCGAGUCUCAUUUGCUUCACCAAAUCUUUGCAUUUUAUCUCACCGACCCCAUGCACAUUUUGUCCUGCCGUACACAUCUGCUGGCCUCUGCUGCAGCUAAGCAAGAUCACCCAUAUCAGGAGCUGUUUGCAGACUUUGUAAGAGAGGCUCUUGACUGUGAGCAGUUGUUAGGCUCAAAUAUGGUUGAAGAACUCACAUGUGUUCAUCAGGCGGUGAUGAAGUAUAGGGACUGUCAGGACAAAGCUUACGGAGGCGGCAUCUUCGGUGCCCAGGAAGACGAGGCCAACAAAAACAAAACUUCUGCAUUAGAUUUUGUCCCUGGCAACCCUGACCUGCCUGAUGAUGGAGAAUAUCAAUGGUUAGCAGCACGCCUUGCACUUGCUAAGCACCUGCUGGCAUCGCUGCUGGUGUACUAUGCUCAGCCUCAUAGGAAGUGCGAGCCUAGCGUAGUGGUCAACCUCAUCACACUCGCACAGGGUGAAGGCGUGUGUGGGGGCGUGGUGGCCCCGGGGGGCCAGUCAUGUCAGGCCGCUGUGGCGACGCUCCUCAGAGACAUAGACGCUCUGCACUCCCUCCUGCUGGUGCUGGUUAUUGAUACUGAUGAAGACGUCAGAUCGCAUAAGCUUUGUGCACCACAAUGGCGGGACCAGGUAGAGUCUCUCAUAACUGAGUUCGGGUCCCGCCCCGGGCACCUGCCGCCCCUGCUGGCGUGGUGUGUGCUGCAGGGGCGCCGUGCCCUUUGUGACACCAACGGCGCCUCUGUGCCUUCGUCGGAAGUGCAGCGCUACAGCAGGAUGGCCGUGAGAGCUGUGGAUGGGGGCGUCAUGGCCUGCCUACACAACUUUCUGAACAACCAAGCUGUUGUUAGCGACGCGCUGCUGAAGGAGGUGUGCGCGAGCAUCGUGUACUCGGUGGCGUGCGUCGCGGCGACGCAACUCAACAUCGACCCCAGGGCGCCGUGCAGCGCCCACCUCAGCGCCCUCGCCGUCGCCUGCGUCGCCAGUCCCGUCCCCGCCCACCUCUUCUGGGCUGAAGAAGAAGGUACCGCCGCGGUGCUGCUGCCAGACGCCCUCCUGGUGUUUGUUUUUUUUAUAGUCCGAUACUGGUGA